AUGUCCGAAGAACCUCGCAAGCGCUCGCGUUUCGAUCAGACCGAGUCCGAUGCGCGCCCUUCUCGUUUCGACCGCCGCUCGCGUUCACCAAAGAACAGAAACUCGGAGCCUCGCCAACGUACUCGUAGUCCCGUAUCUGGUACCAACAGUCCCGCUUCGAGAGAUCCUGCUGCUGCCGCAGCCGCCGCUGCUGCUAAAAUCAAUGCGCAAAUUCAAGCUCGCAAGGGCAUCCAACACGUCGAUGUUCCGCCAAUCCGUUCCACCGAAAGCCCUUCGGGUGGUGGAAACCAGUCUCCUGGCGGCGGCCUGAAUGCUGACAUCUACACCCAAGAUGGUGAUUUCAUCAGAGAUAUCGAAGUCAACGAUCUACGCAAUCGCUACACCCUCACCAAGGGCUCUACUCAGAAAAUGAUCAAAGAAAAGACUGGCGCCGAUGUCACCACCAGAGGAAGCUAUUAUCCCGACAAGGCAAUGGCCACUGCUGCCAACCCACCCCUUUACCUCCACGUCACCAGCACCACCAGAGAUGGUCUCGAAAAGGCCGUUGCCGAAAUUGACGAAUUGAUGAAGCAGGAUCUGCCUAACCUUGUAGACGAAAGACGGUUCCGUCGCAGAGAACCAGAACAAGUCGAAAGAGAUUCCAUGGGUCGCCGCAAAUGGCCUGAAGAGAAGAUUCCUGUGGAUCUCGAGCCCAUCCCCGGAUUCAACCUUCGUGCUCAAGUUGUCGGUCAAGGUGGUUCUUACGUCAAACACAUCCAGCAGGAGACACGAUGCCGCGUUCAGAUCAAGGGUCGUGGAUCCGGUUUCAUGGAGCACGACACUGGACAUGAGAGCGAUGAAAGCAUGUACCUGCAUGUAGCCGGCCCUGACCCCAACGAGGUAACCCGUGCUAAGGAGCUCUGCCUCGACCUUCUUGCCAACGUUCGCACCCAGUAUGAGCAGUUCAAGGAGCGUGGUCCUCGUGGCGGCAGAGGUGGUGGCGAUCGCGGCGGAGACGAUUACGGCGAUCGUGGACACCGUGGCGGCUACGGAGACCGUGAUCGCAACAGCAGCUACGGCGGCGGCGGUUACGGAGGCGGAAGAGACGGCGGUAGAGAUGGUGGCUACGGAGGAGGCUAUGGCGGUUAUGGAGGCGCUGCGUCACCAGCAGCCGCUCACACUGGAGCUGCUGCUGCAGCUAUGAGCCCUGGCGCCGCAGCCACUCCCGACUAUGCUCAAGCCUAUGCACAGUACUACCAGCAGAACGGACAACAGGAUCCUUAUGCUGCAUACGGAGGCUACGAAGCCUACACAAGAAUGUACUGGCAGUAUUACCAGCAGCAGCAAGGCGGCGUACCUGGAGCGGAACAACCCCCUUCUUACGACAACGGUGCUGCACCUCCACCACCUUCAUCCGAGGCUCCACCACCGCCCCCAGCAGACGACCAAGCUCCUCCUCCACCCCCUGGAGCAAGCGGUGGCUACAACUCUGUACCUCCUCCUCCCGGAAUGUGAUGUGAUAGCUCUAUCGAAUCUUUGGACAGAUUGAAUCCUUCAGUCAGUCAUCAUUGAGUAGACAAACAAGAAGAGACCGGUCACAGGGCUUGGGCAGACCGUCCCAUCAAGAAGCGAAACGGGAGGCGGCUCAACGCACUAUUACGAAAGGGCCAACAAGACGCGACUAGUUACUUGGUCGAUUACGUUACAAAGUAGAAAAAUGUUCAAAGUAUUUCUCCGCACUUGUGCCCCCUCGUCUGACUACCCCGCGCUGUGUGGGAACGGUGUGUGGGUUAAUAUAUUGCAUAGUGCAUCUCCGGGCCGCCACUGAGUACUAUUAUAGAGCCCGUGCACUCGCUGAGAUGGCAGGCUGCACACCAUUCGUGCGUGCGGAAUCGAUCUGUCUAGAUACAGCGAGGAGCAUCUUCAGCUACGCCAGGCAGAAGCAGUGAAUGAGAAUGUCCAAAGAGAACAGG